AUGCCAUACUAUCAUGAGGCUUUCAAUAACUCUUCGGCUCGAUACGAUAAAACCUUGGGACGCUAUGUACCUGCUUCGAUAGCUAUGGUCAAGCAAACCGUACAAUGCCGCUCUGAGGCCGACGAGCGAGUUGAUCAGUUUCAAUUGGCCAGGCCACUUUUAGGCAGUUCAGUGCUGAUGCGGUUCUGGAACAAUAUUUUCACUGACUCGCUGCACAAGUUCAAUUCCCAGUACUCGGAGCCCAGAGGUCGGGCAGACUCGGAUUACGCUAUUAGGAACGCAGACGACUGGGAGGGCGUUUAUUCAAAGCUACAACUGGCACGUGAGAAAUACGAUUCGAAAGCAAAAGGCUGCAGAGGUAGCUUCAAGAGGUUUACUCGCAAGGUAGCCGAUCAGGCGGGUUCGGCUGCUCGACUAGCCAAAUUCAUUCCUGAAGGCACCUGUACAACACCUGUGAAAGCUGCGGUGGAGGUCCUGCUAGAUGCGGUCAAAGUGGCGUCUGAGGUGCGGAAGGAGGUCAAUAGCUUUGAUGGCGAAAAGUUGGAUCAAUUGUUUGCCGACAUCGAGGUCUUUCUCGGCACGUAUCCCAAAGAUGAAAAUAUCAAAAAGGCAUCGGUGGACCUCGUGGUGGCUAUCCUAAAGGCGGUAGAGGACGCUAUCGGCUUCUUUACCAAGCAUUCGGGUUAG